CAGUCUUCAGUGUCGAGUAAUGGUCCUUUUGCGACUUCGACACAUAUUUUCCCAUCUCAUACUAGUUCGCUCUCUCAUAUAGAUGUUGACGCAUCCCGAGACUAUAAUUCGUCACUAUAACACCGACCAGAUCAAAGCCAGACGGAGACAAGACGAGGACAAAGUACUGACAGUGUUGCUGCCAUGACUGCAGUCACUCUCAAACCCGCCUGUGCGGCGCAAAGUGACAAUCAUGUGCUUCUGGCGCCAAACAACCAAUUACACAGCUCUAUGACCCUUUUACGAAACAAAGAAACAUCACACCGAGACUUUGUAUUGGCUUUCCAAAAAGUGGCUGCACAAUUGGUGGCUAAAGCACUUGACUUCGUUCCUGUGGAGGUUGAGACCAUAGUGACACCAACAGGGACGUCCUACACAGGGUGCAAACAGACAGCUAAGGUCUGCGGAAUCAGUAUCCUGAGAGCUGGAGCCAGUCUGGAAGAUGCUUUCCGAAAUGCCUACAAUGGUCCCGUGAGCUUUGGCAAACUCCUCAUCCAACGCGACGAAGAAACUGCGCUUCCCAAAUAUCUCUACUCAAAGUUUCCUUCAGGCAUGUCACAAAGUAUUGUCUUCCUGCUGGAACCAAUGUUGGCCACUGGUGGCUCAAUAUGCAAAGCGGUUGAACUCGUUAUGGAGAGAGGUGUGCCCGAGUCGAAUAUUGUCAUUGUCAAUGUCAUGUCCUCAAGAUUUGCGUUGAGUGUCGUCGCUGACAGAUUUCCUCAACUGAAAAUCGUGACGGCGGCGAUUGAUGAAACACUGAAUUCUCAGAAGUUUAUUGAGCCUGGGUUGGGAGAUUUCGGCGAUCGGUUUUAUUGCACCGAUUGAGGUUACAAGCUGGGCUACAAGAGCAUGUUCGAGGGAGAUAUACUCGACGAAAGAAUUGCGUUCUACAUGAGGGAGACACUUUGAUCAGGGCUCGUUCGGCCAUAAACGGCCUGAAAUGCAUAUUGAAUUGGCGCAGGCAAUACAAAGGACAGGGGUGUAUUCGAGACUAUCUCCUCAGUACCGUCUAAAUUGUCAUAUGUUGAUUACUCUAACAGAAGCAUCAUUCACUAAACCUCACCAUCAUUGAAAACGCCCACCCUUUAUUCAGACAACA